AACCUAUACAUGGAUUGAUGAGUUGUAACAUGACAUUGGAUUGAUCCUCUAGAUUCAUCUGUUUUGGGUUGAUAUCUAGUUUCCAAAACAAAAAAAAAUAUUAUCCACAUAAUGACUUUGUAAAUCAAUUAAGUCAUAGCUGGAGUGUGUAUAAUAUACACAGAUAUAGAGACUUUGUAAAUUUGAUUUUGAAUUGAGAAAAAUGGGUAAAGGUGGGAUGUCAGUUGAUGAUGAUGUUGAACAACAGAAUAUGGCUGCUUGGCUUGUUGGUUUAAACACUCUCAAGAUUCAACCUUUCAAUCUUCCUUCUCUUGGACCCCAUGAUGUCAGAAUUAAAAUGAAGGCUGUUGGAAUCUGUGGGAGUGAUGUUCACUACCUCAAGACACUGAGAUGUGCAGAUUUUAUAGUUAAAGAACCAAUGGUUAUUGGUCAUGAGUGUGCUGGGAUCAUUGAAGAAGUUGGUAGCCAGGUAAAGACUUUGGUACCGGGUGACCGUGUGGCGAUCGAGCCUGGGAUCAGUUGUUGGCGUUGUGACCAUUGCAAACUCGGCCGAUAUAAUCUAUGCCCUGAUAUGAAGUUUUUUGCUACUCCGCCAGUUCAUGGCUCACUCGCUAAUCAGAUAGUUCAUCCAGCAGACCUAUGUUUUAAACUACCAGAAAAUGUGAGCUUGGAGGAAGGGGCAAUGUGUGAACCCUUAAGUGUUGGCGUUCAUGCUUGUAGGCGAGCUAAUAUUGGACCAGAAACAAAUGUGUUAAUUAUGGGAGCAGGACCUAUUGGACUUGUUACAAUGCUUUCGGCUCGUGCUUUUGGAGCACCUAGGAUAGUCGUUGUGGAUGUGGAUGACCAUCGUUUAUCUGUUGCGAAGAGUCUUGGUGCAGAUGAUAUUGUUAAAGUUUCAACAAACAUUCAGGAUGUAGCUGAAGAAGUGAAGCAAAUUCAUAAUGUUCUGGGAGCUGGUGUGGAUGUUACUUUUGAUUGUGCUGGUUUUAACAAAACCAUGACUACAGCAUUGACUGCUACACAACCAGGUGGCAAAGUUUGUUUAGUGGGAAUGGGUCAUUCUGAAAUGACUGUGCCACUCACCCCAGCUGCUGCAAGGGAAGUUGAUGUAGUUGGCAUUUUCCGAUAUAAGAAUACAUGGCCUCUUUGCCUUGAGUUUCUAAGGAGUGGCAAAAUUGAUGUAAAGCCACUUAUAACUCAUAGGUUUGGAUUCUCACAAAAGGAAGUUGAAGAAGCCUUUGAAACUAGUGCUCGUGGUGGUAAUGCAAUUAAGGUCAUGUUCAACCUUUAGAUAAUAUAUUUUUUUUUUAAGUUAAAUUAGCCCACCCGAAUUGGUACUGGAGAAAAUCGAACCAGAGACUUUGAGGAGAAACACACUCACAAGUUUCAAGUCAAUACCACCAGACCAACUCAAGUGGGAAAAUCGAACCAGAGACUUUGAGGAGAAACACACUCACAAGUUUCAAGUCAAUACCACCAGACCAACUCAAGUGGGUUAUUUAUAUUUUCUUGUUCAUGCCAUUGUUCAAUAUGUAUCUAUAAUUUGGAUUGUGAAUAAAGUGGCUUCAAUAAGAGCAAAUAAAAAAGUUAAGUUGUUUCGAGUUAUUUAAGUUUCAUUAGUGGGAUUUGGAACAUAUACUUUGAAUUAUGA